AUGGGAAAGACCAAGGAUACCAAGGUUGCUAAGGCUUCCAAGAAGACUGAGACCGCAAAGGCUACUGCCACCAAGGCCGCUAAGCCAGCUCCAAAGCCAGUCAAGAAGGCUGCCACCCCAUCCUCCGACAGCGAAUCUGGUUCCGACUCUGAUUCUUCUGAAUCUGAGGAGGAGAAGCCAGCACCAAAGGCCACCAAGGCUAAGGCUAACGGAAAGGCUGCUAAGGUCGAGAAGAAAGAGACUGCCAAGAAGGCUGCUGCUUCUGAGAGCGAAGAUAGUGACGACUCAAGCGACUCCGAAUCCGAGGAGGAGGCUAAGCCAGUUGUUGCUGCUGCCAAGAAGGUUCAAAAGGUUGUCGAUGCCGGUAAGGCAAAGGUCAACGGUGCUGCUAAGGCUGUUGCCAAGGCUACUGAGGAUUCUGAUGACUCCGAUAGCUCCGACUCCUCUGAGGAGGAAGAAGAGAAGAAGGAAUCUGGAUCUGACUCCGACUCCUCCGAUUCCGACAGCGAGUCUGCCAGCGAGGCUGAGGCCGAAGCACCAUCCAAGAAGCGUAAGGCCGAGGAUGAGCCAGAGGCUUCCACAAAGAAGUCCAAGACUGAGGAAGCUGUUGAGGAUAACGGAAGCAAGAACUUGUUCGUUGGUAACUUGAGCUGGAACAUUGAUGACGAGUGGCUCUACCGCGAGUUCGAGGAGUUCGGUGAGAUCAGUGGCGCCCGUGUCAUCAGUGACAAGGCUACUGGACGCUCCAAGGGUUUCGGAUACGUUGAGUUCGUCAAGUCAAGUGAUGCUGCUGCCGCUCUUGCUGCCAAGAAGGGUGCUCUCAUUGACGGUCGUGAGGCCAACGUUGACUUCUCCACUCCUCGUGACACCACCGCACCAAGAGAGCGUGCUAACAACCGUGCUGCUCAAUUCGGUGAUGCCAAGAACCCACCUUCCGACACCCUUUUCCUCGGUAAUCUUUCCUUCGAUGCCGAUGAGAACGUUGUUGGUGAGGCUUUCGGUGAGCACGGUACUGUCGUUAACGUCAGACUCCCAACUGACCAGGAAACCGGCAACCCCAAGGGUUUCGGAUAUGUUACCUUCGGUUCCGUUGAGGACGCUACUGCCGCUUAUGAUGCCAUGAUGGGUGCUGAUAUUGCUGGUCGUCCAGUCAGACUUGACUAUGCUACUCCUCGUCCAGAGCGCAGUGAGGGUGGUGGCUUCGGUGGCCGUGGUGGUGGACGUGGUGGCGGUGGACGUGGUGGCGGACGUGGUGGUGGACGUGGUGGCUUCGGUGAUCGUGGAGGACGUGGUGGUGCUCGUGGUGGUGCCCGUGGAGGUCGUGGAGGCAGCACUAACCGUGGUGGUUUCGGUGACUUCAAGGGAAAGAAGAUGUCUUUCGAAUAA